AUGGCAGUUGCAAGCAUUCGACAGUGGAAGAUCUUUCAAAUAGAUGUCAAGAAUGCAUUUUUGAAUAGUGACCUCCAUGAAGAGAGUAAUCAUGAUUCGGCUUUGUAUGUUAGAUGCUCGAGUGUAGGACGGAUUCUUUUGUCCUUAUAUGUGGAUGACAUGAUUAUUACUGGUGAUAACCAUGGUGGUAUUGAUUCUUUGAAGCAUGAUCUAGCUCAUCGAUUUGUUGUGAAGGAUUUGGGCUUGCUGCAUUAUUUCUUGGGUAUUGAGGUAGCUCAGUCUAAGAAAGAGUAUCUUCUUUCUCAGACUAAAUAUAUAUCCGACUUGUUUACACGAGCGGGCCUCUCUGACAAUCAGACUAUUGGUACUCCUCUUGAAACCAAUGCACGUCAUUUUGUUACUGCUCCUACCUCUGUUCAUUGGAGAGUUGUACUCCGUAUUCUGAGAUAUCUUCGUGGCACUCAGUUUCAGACCCUUUUGUUUCCCUCGACGUCUUCUCUUGAGUUACGUGUCUAUAGUGAUGUUGAUUGGGAUGCCGAUCGUUAUGAUCGUAAAUCCACCACCAGAUUUUGUUUAUUUCUUGGAGAGUCUCUCAUUUCAUGGAAGAGCAAGAAACAAAACGUUGUCUCUAGAUCUUCCACGGAGGCUGAAUAUCGUGCUAUGGCUUUGACUACAUUUAAUGUUUGCUCUGGAUCCGCCAUUGAACCAAGGUUAUGUCAAUAUGGAGAUGUCAAGGAGAAAUCUGCUGUUUGGAUUGAGUGGUCAAAUCUACAAAGACAACAUGCUGUCGGAGUUGAGUAA